GACAACUGCAUCGAAAUUCGAUUCGUGCUGGUCUACGAGAAUGCCAGCUUGACAGGAAUGCUCAUUGCCUCGCACGCCGUCUCUUACACUCUUGAACAAUAAUACUAGCUUUUCACUUGCACUUGGUCAAAUAUGCCGAGCAAAGGCAAACGCGAAGUUGUCGAGGUCCACUCUACAGACUCGGAAGCAGAAUCCUUCACGGAGGGCCAGCAUGCCACGACUAGCUCCGUCAAGCGUAAGCGUGGAGAGUCCGAUGAUCAAUCUGGCUCAGAAGAAGAAGACGACUCUGGUGAAGCAGAAAGUUCUGACUCUCCGGAGAGGAAGCGGAUGAAGCAAGAGGCAAAGCGUACUAGGUGGCCGUGGAUCAAUCGGUGCAUGUCGUGGCUCGAGAUACGAUUCGAGAACGAGGAACUCCAUGUGUUCGAUGAAGGAGGAAAAAUCUUCCGCACAAGUGGAGAGACCAUGGAAGACAUGCUUGAUGAGUUUGAGGAGUAUUUGGACGAAUGUGAUGGAGACCCCAAUAGCCGUUCCGAUUACGGCGACUGCGACUGACCGGUGGUCGUUAUGAUUUGUGGAGUCACUUAAAUCCUACCAACAGUGCUUUAGUAUCAUAACUGUUUUUCUACUCUAUUUUCUCUUCCAUCUAAGAGAGAAUUAUUCUC